AGAAGACAGGCAGUCGGCCAAAAUCAAGAUGGUGGAAGCUAGGCGAACUCUUGAAAUCUGGAAGGAAUCGUAUUUCGACAUCCGGGCCAAAAUCGAAGCGUCGGGAAGAGACGCUCGGUGGGAAUUCGACCGGAAGCGGCUCUUUGAGAAGACGGACUACAUGGCUUUUAUCUGCCAGGAUCUCUACAACGUGUUGCAGGUCAUGGAGGAAUUUUACAACAUCUUUGGGCCUGAGCUGAAAGCUGUGACGGGAGAUCCCAAGCGCAUCGACGAAGUCUUGUACCGAGUAGACGGCCUGGUCAGCCCGAUGGAAGUUCUGACCUUUGACCCGUUCAACCUCAGAUCUGUAAACCAGUGGAAGGCGGUGAUGGAGGAGUUCAAGCUGGAGGUUGUUGUAAGUAGCAGAAGUGUGAAGGAUUACUUUGAGUUUAUCAAGCGCGAACGAGCCAGGGACAUGGAGCACUUGGUCCGCAAGUACACCUCGGUGGGGCCCCUGCUGACCAAGAUGGAAGGCCUGGUGGUGAACACCAACACCGGGAAAGCCUCGCGGCUCGUGCCGUACUACGCCUACUGGGAGAAAAAAAUCUAUCAAAGCCUGACCAACUUGGUUCUGAAGAAUUUGCAGUCCUUCAACGCCGCCGUGGUAGGGGACACUCCGAUCUUCCAAGCGGAGACCAUUCUGUCUGCCCCCGAGAUCAUCCUCCAGCCGAACAUGGGGGAAAUUGAGAAGAUGAGUGUCCACUGCAUUCGAGACUGUGUGGAAACCACCAAGCUUUUUCUUCGCUGGUUGCAUGGCAGUUGCAUCGAGUGCCCACCCCAGCAAACGGGGGACGAUGAGCCAGUCAUCUUCAGCUUCUUCAGCGACAUCUCCCAGAACCCGACGAUCAUCGAGCAGGCCAUCCUGAUCACGCAGAACAUGCACAAACUCCUGGCUUCCCUCACCAAAUACCUAAACCGUUGGAAGCGGUAUCGUCCCCUCUGGAAGCUGGACAAGGCCAUCGUCAUGGAGAAGUUUGCGGCCAAGAAGCCGCCGUGCGUGGUUUUCGACGAGAAGCUGCAGUUCUACAUGAAGGUGGCCCAGGAGGUCAUGCAGCAGCCCAUGGUCAAAGAUGAGCAGUGCAUCCGCCUGCUGCUGUCCCCAUUGGCCUUCACGGUCCAGGAGAACGCCAGAGGUUGGAUCACUUCCCUUGGGAAGCUACUCAACGAGUCAGCCAAGGAGGUGCUCUACAGUCUCCAAGAAAACAUCGAGAGAUUGUCGCACCAUCUGAAGACUACCCCCAGUACUUUGGAAGAUCUCAAAUUCGUCCUGGGCACCAUAGCCGAGAUCAAACAGAUAUCUCUAGAAGUGGAACUCAAGUAUUUGGAUAUUCAAGAGAGAUACCGGACCUUGGCCAUGUACAAUAUUGUUAUAUCAGAAGAAGAAAAAAGCUUGGUAGAUAAGAUAAAGCUGAUGUGGGAAACUCUUUAUACUGAGGCGUCCGGAGUCGAUCACAACCUGGGCAGCAUCAAAAAGACUUUUACGGAGAUCACAAGGGAGCAGAUUGGAAAUUACAGCAAGGAGAUCGACGACUUCUACCAGCGGUUCGUUACCGAGGGCCCCGGUUCUGUGGGUGAAAAUCUUGAUAGGGGCCGCCAAAGAGGAAUGGUCUCAGACUCUCUGGGUGAACCUGAACGUCCAGGUGUUACAGGAAGGAAUUGAAGGGUAUCUCAAAACUCUCCGAAAGUUGCCGAAACAAGUCCGUAGCAUGCCGGUGGCCUAUCACCUGGAAGUAAAGAUGAAAUCUUUCAAGGAAGCCAUUCCUCUGCUGCUGGAUUUGAAGAAUGAAGCUUUGCGAGAAAGACACUGGAAGGAGCUGAUGACCAGGACCAAUACCUUUUUCGACAUGGCCACCGAAACCUUCACCUUGGAGAACAUGUUUGCCAUGGAACUGCACAAAUAUACCGAUGUGAUCAACGAGAUUGUGGGGUCCGCCGUCAAAGAGCUGAGCAUCGAGAAGAGUCGAUUGGAUGCUGAUGUAUCAGGGCAUGAUGGUGCUGGCAGCCAACCAGGUGUGGUGGACCUGGGAGGUCGAAGACGUCUUCCGGAAGGUUAAGAAAGGGGAGAAACAAGCCAUGAAGGUCUACGCCAAGAAAAUGCACCAGCAGAUUGACUCGCUGGUGACCCGGAUCACCAAGCCGCUAAGCAAGAACGACAGGAAGAAAUACAACUCGGUUCUCAUCAUUGACGUCCACGCGAGGGAUAUUGUUGAUAACUUUGUACGAGACAGGCCUUGUCCAUGUACCUGGGUGGAGCUCCCGCUGGUCCUGCAGGAACCGGAAAAACGGAGACGACAAAGGAUCUCGCCAAAGCUUUGGGAUUGCUUUGCGUGGUCACCAACUGCGGAGAAGGCAUGGACUUCAAGGCCGUGGGUAAAAUCUUCUCGGGCCUCGCCCAGUGUGGAGCGUGGGGCUGCUUCGACGAAUUCAACCGGAUCGACGCUUCCGUCCUGUCGGUCAUCUCCUCCCAGAUUCAGACGAUCCGAAACGCCCUCAUGAACCAGCUGAAAACAUUUCAGUUUGAAGGGCAAGAAAUCACGCUGGACUCUCGGAUGGGGAUUUUCAUCACCAUGAACCCUGGCUACGCGGGACGAACGGAGCUUCCUGAAUCCGUAAAGGCCCUUUUCAGGCCGGUGGUGGUCAUUGUUCCCGACCUGCAGCAGAUUUGUGAAAUUAUGCUGUUCUCCGAGGGAUUUCUCCUGGCGAAAGUGCUAGCCAAGAAGAUGACUGUGCUGUACAAGUUGGCAAGGGAACAGCUGUCUAAACAACAUCACUACGAUUUUGGGCUUCGGGCUCUGAAGUCUGUCCUAGUCAUGGCCGGAGAACUGAAAAGAGGAUCUUCAGAUCUCCCGGAGGACGUGGUCCUCAUGAGAGCCCUGCGAGAUAUGAACCUCCCCAAAUUUGUCUUUGAAGACGUUCCUCUUUUCCUUGGCUUGAUCGCCGAUCUCUUCCCCGGAUUGGACUGUCCUCGAGUCCGCUAUCCCAAAUUCAACGACGCAGUGGAAUACGUGCUGGCUGAAGAAGGUUACGUGGUUCUACCUGUCCAGGUGGAUAAAGUGGUCCAAAUGUACGAAACGAUGCUAACGCGACACACCACAAUGGUGGUAGGGCCAACCGGAGGUGGCAAGUCGGUGGUCAUCAACGCCUUGUGCCAUGCUCAGACAAAAUUAGGCCUGCUGACCAAGCUCUACAUCCUGAACCCCAAAGCCAUGAGCGUCAUCGAAUUGUACGGCAUCCUCGACCCCACUACACGGGACUGGACGGACGGCGUUUUGUCCAACAUCUUCCGGGAAAUCAACAAGCCCACCGACAAGAAAGAGAGGCGAUCUUAUCGAGAUGCCAGCUCGAGCUUUCAAGAGAAACAACUGUUGGACAGAUUGUUUGACAAAUACGUGCCUUGCUUGAUCGAAAUGAUUGUCGAAGGGAUUGUGGACGGACGGCAAGGAGAAAAAAUGAAGAUGAUUAUCUGGCAGACGGAUCUGAACAUGGUAAGCAGUCUGAUUUUUGUUUCCAUGAAAGGAUUCUUUCCAACUGUGGACACGACCCGCACCACUUGGCUCCUGGAGAAGAUGGUGAAGAUCAAGCGGCCGAUGGUUCUGGUAGGAGAAUCGGGGACCUCCAAGACGGCCACGACGCAGAACCUGCUCAGGAAGCUGAACCCGGACACGAACGUUCACCCGAGUGGUGCAAAUGGUUCCUGCAUCGUCCCAGCCUUGUACGCGGAUGACGAGCGGGACAACAUCCUCAGUCAAAUCACCCAGGAAGCCAUGAAAACGGGCAUCGCGCCAGCCAAAGAGAGCGUCUGGCAGUACUUUGUCAACAAGAGCGCCAACAACCUCCACAUUGUCCUCGGGAUGUCCCCUGUGGGGGAGACCCUGAGAACUCGCUGCCGAAAUUUUCCAGGCCUCGUCAACAACACCGGCAUCGAUUGGUUCCUUCCCUGGCCUCCUCAAGCUCUGUAUGCCGUUGCAAAGUUCUUUUUGGGGAACAACCCGCUCAUCCCCUCGGAGCACACCGAGGAGCUGAUCGCCCACAUUGUCAUGGUCCACGGUUCGGUCGGCGUCUACAGCAAGAAAUUCCUGCAGAAGCUCAGGAGGAGCAAUUACGUCACGCCCAAGAAUUACCUGGAUUUCAUCAACACGUACACCAAGCUGCUGGAGGACAAGAAUCAUUUCAUUUUGGCCGAGGAGAAGAAAAAACUGGCCGUCGAGAAAGCCAUGGAGAUCGAAGAACAGAACAAAGUCAUCGCGGUGGAGAAGCGGGAAGCUGAGACGGCCCUGGCGGAAGCCAUGCCUAUCUUAGAGGCCGCCAAGCUGGAGCUGCAGAAGCUGGAUAAGUCCGAUGUGACGGAGAUCAGGUUGGAAAUGGAAGUGGUCAGCCGAGCUGGCUUGGGGAUGCUGAAGUUUGUGGACGCCGUCAUGAGUUACUGUGAUGUGGCCAAAGACGUCAAACCCAAGAGAGAAAAGGUGGCCAGGCUGGAGCGGAACUUCUUCUUGAGCAAACGGGAACUGGAGAAGAUCCAGGCAGAGCUGACGGCCAUCCAGAACGAGCUGAAAGCCCUGGGAGAUAAGUACGAGGCAGCCAUCAGGGAAAAACAGCAACUCCAGGAGGAAGCGGAGAUCAUGGAACGCCGGCUGAUUGCAGCAGACAAGCUGAUCUCCGGCUUGGGAUCGGAAAAUAUCAGGAUGGCUUCCUUCAACGACCCGGAUUUCCUCAAGCAGCUGGAAAUGGCCAUCAAGUACGGGAACCCUUUCUUGUUCCACGAUGUGGAUGAAUACAUUGACCCGGUCAUUGAUAACGUCUUGGAGAAAAACAUCAAAACCAGCCAGGGACGGAUGUUCAUUAUUCUCGGGGACAAGGAGGUAGACUACGACCCCAACUUCAAGCUCUACCUGAACACCAAGCUGGCUAACCCUAAAUAUUCACCAUCCGUGUUUGGCAAAGCCAUGGUCAUCAACUACACAGUGACCUUGAAGGGGUUGGAGGACCAGCUGCUUAGCGUGAUUGUGGGCUUCGAAAGACGUGAACUGGAAGAGCAGCGGGAACAUCUCAUCCAAGAAACCAGUGAGAACAAAAACUUGCUGAAGGACCUGGAAGACUCCCUUCUCCGUGAACUGGCUACCUCCACGGGGAACAUGCUGGACAACGUGGAACUGGUCCACACCCUGGAGGAGACAAAGGCCAAAGCUAAUGAGGUCUCUGACAAACUCAAGCUGGCCGAGAAAACAGCCAUCGACAUCGACAAACUGCGAGAUGGCUACCGCCCUGCGGCCAAGAGAGGCGCCAUUUUGUUUUUCGUGCUGUCCGAAAUGGCCCUGGUCAACACCAUGUACCAAUACUCCUUGUCCGCCUUCCUGGACGUCUUCGGUCUCUCGCUCCGGAAAUCUAUGCCCGACACCAUCCUUGCCAAGAGGUUGCGCAACAUCAUGGACACGUUGACUUUUAAUAUUUACAACUACGGCUGCACGGGCUUGUUUGAGAAGCACAAACUCCUUUUCUCCUUCAACAUGACCAUCAAGAUUGAACAGGCCGAUCACAGGGUUCCCCAGGAAGAGCUGGAUUUCUUUCUGAAAGGUACCAGGGUGGCGCUGACGCUCCUGGAGAACGCCGUGGCCCGUGGACAGUGGCUCAUGUUGCAGAAUUGUCAUCUCUUGGUGAAGUGGCUGAUCGACCUGGAGAAGGCCCUCGAAAGGAUUACCAAGCCUCACCCGGAUUUCCGACUCUGGUUGACCACUGACCCCACCAAAGGUUUUCCCAUUGGGAUCCUUCAGAAAUCUCUCAAG